AUGGACGCUAAAGCCCAAAGAGAUGAUGUGAAGUUCCUCUACUUUCUACACCCUCUUUCCGUAAGAUGGGAAUCAGGAGACCCGAAACAGAACGGACGGGGUGCAGAGGCCAGCACGGCAUUCGUCUCCUUACCCAUGCACAUCUGCAGCUGCGCCUGUGUGGGGAGCUCAUCUCCUUGCUUGGUGUCUUCCCUGACGGAUGGUCCAGAUUUCUGGCUCCACACUACAGCUCCAGUGGGACAGAAACAGGUUUACGGCCGUUGGCAGAGGCGCGAACGCAGGCCUCAGUUCAUCUGCUGUGUCCACAUGGCCCUGUCAGAGUCAGCCUUGCUGGCACCGCUCCUCACGUCUGGAGCGUUUGGUGCUUCCGUUCCCUACCUGCCGCAGCUGCCCUCCUCAUUGCUCUCACAAGCUACCCCCAAGAGAGCAGCUGGGUCAAGUCAACAUCUGAAACUCACUAGGACAAGAGGGGGCCUCACAGAAAACAAUGAACUCCCUCUGACACUGCUUGAAAAACACGACCCUUGGCCAGCCUAUGUCACCUACACUUGCCCAGCAGUAAAGCGACUCCUUGACAAAAGAAGAGCCAGAGAGAUGGAGUGCAUGCUGGCCACCGAGGAAAGCUGUGAGCAGAUGAUGAGGCUGACCAAACCUAGUUCCAUCCAGCUGAAGAGGAAGAAGACAUCCAAGACCUCAGGAGACCUCUCACUGAAGGAUGGCCUGUCAGAAACCUUGCAGCUACCUGCAAAAGUGAGUCCCACAGUCAUCCCAAGACCUACACAGUCAUACCAGCUAAAGAGGAAGAAGACAUCCAAGACCUCAGGAGACCUUUCGAUGAAGGAUGACCUGUCAGAGACCUUGCAGGUACCCGACGUCUCAGCCAAAACGAAUGUCACAUUCAUCCCAAUAUCUCUACAAUCACAAUUGGAAGCCAGAGAGGGGCCCACAUUCACCUACAACAAGAUCAUUUUCUCCAGGAGGCCUGCCAUGAGGAAGCUCCCAUAUGGCUUAUUACAGACCAGCAAGGAGACACAUGCCAAAGUUUAGUAAAGAGCCCUGUAGCCAUCCCCUGAGAGUAUACAACAGCUAUGCUCUAUUUGCUACA